AUGAAGCAGAUCGUGGAGAGGCGGCUGCGCGGGCGGCAGUACGACUCCGAGGACUGCGCCAAGGUGUCCAAGGAGCUCGCAGACGAGAUCCGGGCCAAGGUGCGGCUCAUCUCGGACAGCAGGUUCAAGAUCUGCGUCUCCGUGACCAUCAUCGGCCAGAAGGGCCAAGGCAUCCGGAGCGAGAACAAGUGCUACUUCGACGCCGACGCCGACGCGGAGCUCCGCCACGUGUACCAGAACGACGACAUCAUCUGCAUCGCCAACCUGUAUGCCGUCUACUACUACUGA